UCACUCAGUCCACGAACGUUUGCCACGAGACUUCGAUCUCUCACACCGCAUCGCACACGCUAUCUCUGUCUCUCUUUCUCUCUCUCUAUUCACCCGCCUCGUAUCUCUUUCUCUCUCUGUCUUUUUCUCCACUUUUUUCCUUUUUUCCCGCUUGGCGGACGGAGAACCAAACUGGUGACCGGGGAGGCGCGCGUAGUAACCGUGCAUCGGUCUACGUCAACGGAAGUCUUGUCGUAGUACCCUCGUGCUUUCGGUUACUUCGACCCAUAUAACCGUCGUGCUGCGACCCCCGUUCGUCCGCUUCGACCGGCUGCGGAUCUACCUGCGGCGCAGCGAGGUUUCUGUGACUUUGAUAGCGGUGUGAAAAAUCACAAAGUAACAAAAUGGCUGCGUUUGUCGCGAAGCAGAUGGUCGGAAACAAGCUCAAUGCGGUUAAAGGCGCGGUAGGCGGCGAAGGAGGUGACGAGGAUGACAAGGAGAAGGAAGAGGAGGCCGAGAGAGAGAGGCAAGAGGCUAUCAGGGAAGCCGAAGAACGAAGAAAGGAGAAACAUCGCAAAAUGGAAGAAGAACGAGAGAAGAUGCGGCAAGAGAUCAGAGAUAAGUAUAACAUAAAGAAAAGGGAGGAGGUGCAAGAGAUGCCACAAGAAGAGCCUAAUCCUCUAAUGCGAAAGAAGAAGACACCAGAGGAAUUGGCGGCUGAAGCUGAAGCCGAAGACGAAGAUGAGUUCACUAAACUGAGAAAUACGAUAGAAACGCAAGUGAACGAGAUCAAAUCGCAAAUUGAAAGUAAGUGCAGCCUCCAAUGAGCCUAUUGCAUCGCGCGGUUCACGAGAAAGAUGACAACGGUAUUAUACGUCGUUGUCGGACUCGUGUCCGCCCUGCUGCCCACAGGAGUAAAGGAGGAAAGGGUAGCGGAAGAGAUAACGAAGCAACGAGAAAGAGGAAAACGUAGAGUUACCAACAUUGGAACGUCAUCGUCGUGUCGAUCAAUCGGAGAUCAAUUUCAACAGUCGAUUGGUCGGUCGUUGCUUAAAGCAAAGUGAAUGACGAGAAUGAGCCAGAAGAUAUAUUCCAAGGAUUUUUAAAGGAUUCCUGAAGGAUUUUUCAUUAUACCGUCACACAUUUAGAUGCAACUUCAAAAAUUGAAAAGAUCCUGUCGAGGAUUUAUCCUGCAUGAGAUUUUUCAAAUUAGAAAUCAAAGAAGAAUAUCUUUUAUGCAAAGAAACGUUAAUCGAAUUAUCUAUCAAAAAAAAGUGAAUGAUAUGAAAUAUCGAAAAUUGUAAAUUCAUGCAAGUUAUAAGAAAUUAGAAAAUCGAAAACUGAGAAAAGAUGUGAUCUUUUAUUAAAAUCUGAUAACACACAAGAAAUUGGUAUUGAUAACUGGAAUUAAAAUGUGAUUACUAAUUGAACAUAUAAAACUAAAUUUAAUUUUUUGAAAAAAAAUGUUUAAUAAAUUUUAAAAUUCAACUAUAUCGGUGCUGAUAAUUUAUUAGUAAUUUCAGUAAACCAUCCAUUAGGAGAGAACCUCAUAACAAUAAAACUACAACUCAAAAUAAAUAAUAUUA